AUGGGUACAUCAGAUGCCCUUGGGGGCAAUGGGUCCCCUGCUUCCGUGGAGCAGGUGGGAGCAGUGGGGAGACUCUACACGCCGUCCGGGGCCUGUCCCUUCCCGCUGGACAUCUUCAUCCAGGAGACCCUCAUCGAAGAAGCUGCAAUCAAGUGGACACCCCAAGAAGCCUUCAACCAGACCCAGUCUGGCUCCUUCCUGCGUGACCCCUCGGAGGGGAAGAACAGCACCAGUUCCACCAGGACCCUGAGGCUGCCAGACGCAACCAGCGCCGCCUGGUACAUCCUCACCAUUGUUGGCAUCUAUGGGCUGAUCUUCGUCUUCCGGCUGGCCAGCAACAUUCUCAGGAAAAACGAGAGGUCCUUGGAGGACGUUUACUACUCAAACUUAACUUCUGAACUCAAGAGGAAAGGGCUUCAGGGCAAGGCGGGCCAGGGUUUGUCACCGAUCUCCAGCAAUGCAGACGCCCAUAGUCCCCAGCAGAUUGGCCUGGAACCAAAGUGUGAAGACAGCAGGUUCAUGGGGACCCAGGUGGUCCCUUGAAGGUCAAGGCCGCCACACCAGUAUGGGGAAGCCAUUAAAGGUUUGCAGGUGGUACGGUUUGGGGCCUGCCUAUCAUCUUGAGGAUGGAUCUUAAUCCUGGAUCAGGGCAGAGUGAACAUUGCUGGCCGUGGACAGCUAACAGGGUGUGAACCAACCACAAGCAGCUUGUCUCCAGGUGACAGGGUGUCAACGAUCACCA